ACACAUUCCACGACUCACGCCGCCGCGCCAUAUUUCACAAUGGAGAACGAUCAGGGUGUCCUUGUCGACCUUUACGUCCCCCGCAAGUGCGCGGCGACCAACCGUCUGAUCACGGCAAAGGACCAUGCCUCGGUGCAGAUCAGUAUCUGCGACGUUGAUGCCGACGGCCGGGCACUAGCUACCUCUACCACCUUUGCGCUCUGCGGCCCGGUCCGCGCGAUGGGUGAGAGUGACGACUCUCUUAACCGAUUGGCAACGAAGGCUGGCCUACUCCGUAACGUGUGGUCGUACCAAAAGUAGUUACGGAUACUGGGGAGCACUUAUUUCUUCACUGUAUUCAUCCCCUCCUAUCAUUCUGGCAUUGCUCUGAAUAUACGACGCUAUGGGUUUCCACCUCUGUA